UCUCUCUCUCUACAGUGAAAUGGAUGUGGUCUCUAUAUAAACUCGCUACAUUUUUAGUGAGAGAAACCAUUUUGGGGGAGAUAAUACUGAAUUCUAAAGAGAUAAAACAGCUCGACUUCCUAUCUCCAUUUUCUCACCUCAAAACCGCCAUUGCUUCCCCUGUUUACAACCUACGCAUAGAGCGGUUAUUCAGUUUUAUUUCAGGGAGGAAUGCGAAGUGUUGCUAGAUGGGAAGGAAUUGAUUCUGCAAAGGUUUGACAGGCAAAAUACUUGGAUUUAUGGGAAAUGGCGGUGAAAGUUUGGCAUCACAAAACAAUGGGGGCAAACGAAAGUCCCCAUUCCAAAUUGAAUCAUUGGAAAAUUUCUAUACAGAGGAUAGGUACCCUUCACCAGAAUCUAUGCGUGAAUAUGCUAGGGCCCUGAGGUUAACAUAUAAACAAAUACGUGGCUGGUUUAGUGAUAGAAGGAGAAGGGAUCGACAACAUGGAUUAUGUUUUAGUAGUCGAAAACCACUCUCUAGCAGCAAAAGGGCACGUGAGUUGGAUCAUAACAUGGAAAGCACCUUGGCCAAAAAAACAAACAAUAGAACUUUUUUGGAUUAUGGAACAGAAAACAAUCCUCUUUCAUGUAAUUCCAUGAGCGCCUCUGCCAAAAAGAAUAAUUCAAAUAGCUGUAAGGCCUUGGAACAACGGCAGAAGAACCGUGUGGCCCGGAUUAAGUAUAGUAGAAGUGGAAGAAAGCUUUUGGGGCAUCAGUAUAUUAUGUCUGCUGAUCAAAUUUUGCAGAGUGUGUUCCGAAAAGAUGGCCCACCUUUGGGUUCUGAAUUUGAUCCUCUUCCUCAAGGCGCAUUUGGUAUGAAUUCAGAGUCAAUCAGGAAUCAUUCUGCUUGUCAAGGCACUCAGAGAGGGUCAAAACGGAGAAAGGUAUGUGUUGAUUCUGAACUGCCUAUGCUGGACUCCCAAGUUCUUCAAAGGAAGAAUGUCCCAGCAAGCCGACAUGGACUAGGAAAAGGUUUGAUGUCGUUACGAAUAUUACGUAAGGAUUAUUCAAAUGGUAGUGUUUCCAUUUCGCGCAUCCGAAGGCGACAAACAAUCCGCCGUCAGAAACCAGUCGAGAGAAAAAGAAGUUCACACGGUAAAUUCCAGGUCCAGGGUAAAGCCAAGUCGGCUUCAUGUAGAAGAAUGGUCCAAACCAAUCAAAAGAAGAAAAACCAUAUUAAGAGCUACUUCGCGAACUGCAAUCUUGCUCUUAAAGGACAGCUCUCGGUUGAACAAUUAAUUGAUUUUUCAGCAUUACCAGAUGACGAGGAGCUUGAAUUGAGAGAAUUACGUGUCACAUCGAACCGAUUGGCUUCCUCGGCUCAUCUGACUGCAAAUUGUAAUCAUGGUUGUGCCCUUUGCAAAGACUUAUUGGGAAGGUUUCCCCCACACUCUGUAGAGAUGAAGCAGCCUUUACGGGCAGGCCCUUGGGAUUCUUCGUCGGAGACGGUUAAAAAACUAUUUAAGGUGUUCAAAUUCUUAUAUGCUCAUGCUGAGGUGUUUGCUUUAGGCCAAUUUACACUAGAUGAGUUUGCUCAAGCAUUCCAUGACCAGGAUUCCUUGUUGCUUGGAACAAUUCAUAUGGCUCUUAUCAAAUAUCUUCUAGUGGAGAUUGGAAGGGAGCUCAGUGCGGGGUCUUUUAUAUGGAGUCGCGCUCAUAUGGAUUGCCGUUUUCUUGGAUUUCUUCAAUCUAUAAAGCAGCAAGGUUUUGAUCCUAAAUUGUGGAAUAGAUUUCUAAAUCCUCUUACGUGGACUGAGAUACUCCGCCAGAUUAUGCUUGCAGCUGGAUUUGGUAGAAAGCGGCAUUCAUCACUGCCUCGAAAAGGAAUUAUGGACAAGGAUAACAGUAAAAUGUUGAGACAUGGAAUCUCUCCAGGAUCUUUGAAAGGUGAAUUAUACAGAUUAUUAUCUGAACGAGGAAGUAAUGGGUUGAAAAUAUCUGAUUUAGUGAAAGCUUUUCAGGUGUCAAGUUUAAAUCAGCCUAUGACAAUUGAUGGACUGGAACCUCUAGUAAGUUCUACUCUUUCGAGUGACAUUACAUUGUUUGAGAAGAUCUCACCUACAGCAUACCGCCUUCGGGGAAAUCCUGGAAGUUUAAAAGGAUCUAUGCAGUUUGAUUCCGAUAGUGAAGACUCAGGAAGUGUGGAUAAUGAUUCUGUGGAUGAAGAAACAGAUGAUAGUGAAGAAUCUGAUGCUUCUGAGGAGUCAGAUUCAGAAAUGUAUGAGGGGAGCAAACGUAGGCGUGUUGGUUUUAACAAGAAGUUGUGCAAAAGCAUAACGGAAGGCACCGAGAUUGAUGAGAGUCAUGUAGGUGAAGCAUGGGUGUUGGGUUUGAUGGAAGGGGAAUAUUCAAACCUAAGCAUUGAAGAGAAACUUAAUGCUCUGGUGGCCCUGGUUGAUCUUAUGGAUGCUGGACCUGGUAUACAAAAGGAGGAUCCAGCAAGAGCCAGAUUAGAAAUGGUUCCUGAGACUCGGCAUCAUGGAUCUGGUGCUAAAAUAAAGAGAUCAUCAGCGAGUUACAAUAAGAUGCCUGUACCACUUCAAAGUCUUCCUGAGCAUGAUUUCUUUGCAAAUAAAUCACAAGCCUCAAACACUUCCAGGAGUGAGCCAUCUGCUAUCAACAAAAGUAACUUUCCUGGAAUUGAUGGUCCCACAACAAAACCUAUAAAGGCAAAGAAUUUGGGUUCUGGCUCUCAUCCAAUGCAGUCUAUCUUUCUGGGAUCUGAUCGCAGAUACAAUAGCUAUUGGCUUUUCUUGGGCCCUUGUAAUGCUGAUGACCCUGGCCAUAGGAGGAUCUAUUUUGAAUCAUCUGAAGAUGGGCACUGGGAAGUGAUUGAUUCAGAAAAGGCAUUGCAUGCUUUGUUGACAAGUCUCGACGGUAGGGGUACCCGUGAGGCUCAUCUUCUUUCAUCUUUGGAGAAACGAGAGUCUUUUCUAUUUCAGACUAUGGCGGAUAGUGCAGCAAGUGAAUCAAUAAGACACAAUGUACUUGAACUGGGAAAUUUCAGCGGAGAUGGUACUUCCCCUGUUUCAGACAUAGACAACAAUUCCCAGCUUUCCACUGAAUGUCGAGAGGAUUCCUUUGCCUCAUCAGGGGCCAUACAAAUUGAACUAGGAAAGAGUGACAAAGAGAAGAAACACAAAUGGGGUCGGCUGCAAGCUUUGGAUGCUUGGAUUUGGAAUGACUUCUAUGAAAAUCUGAAUGCCCCAAAAUACAAAGCAAGGUCUGCUGGGGAGCAGCUUAUUCACUGCAGAAGUUGUCAUGACUUAUAUUGGAGAGAUGAGAGGCAUUGUGCCAUUUGCCAUUCCACUUUUGAGCUGGACUUUGACCUUGAGGCAAAGUAUACUAUCCAUGUUGCAAAGUGCAAGAAAACAGAUAAUGAUGAUGCUUUUUCAGGACAUAGAGUUCUUUCUUCAAGGCUGCAAUCUCUCAAAGCAGCAAUCCAUGCAAUCGAGGCUGUCAUGACUGAAGAAACUUUUGUGGCUUCGUGGACUGAAUCUGCCCACAAGCUUUGGGUGAGCCGUCUUAGGCGUGCAUCAUCUAUGCCAGAACUUUUGCAGGUUCUCACUGAUUUUGUGGGUGCCAUCAAUGAGGAUUGGCUCUGCCAAUCGAAGCCAGUCUUAGGUGCAAACACAGUUAUUGAUGAAAUUGUUGUAUUCUUUCCGAAUAUACCGCAGACAACAUCUGCGCUUGCACUCUGGUUGGUCAAGUUGGACGCUUUUCUUAGUGACUAUUUAAAACAAAUCCUAUGUAACCCAAUACCUAGAGCCCAUUCUCAGAGAAAAGGUAUGUCUCCCAUCUGAUUUUAUGUUUUAAACACUUUUUCUAUGCUCGCUUUAGAAGGAUUAUCACUAUGCUUGAUUUGUUGGUCUUCUGAUGACUUGGUUU